UCAGCUGCCCCACCGUGCUGCCUCCCCGCACACAACAUUCCUUUCCCCCUUUGUUCACCGAGCUCGCUUCUCCAGCUGUGAUCCAGCAAGGAUUCUCAUGAUGUGGUUCUGACAGAAAGAGAGAAGAAACCUCCCUUGACACGCCGUCAUCCCGCUGAGAUAACCUCAUUGGAAAAACACGGACAUCUAGGCUAAUUGCGGCCGUCUCGCUCAUCCUCGCUGUCAAGCAUCUGAAUCGGAAGGUCAAGACUAUCAUAAGCAUAGAAUCCAUUUCUAUGUGCAAAAAGGAAGAGCCCCCCCCGAGUCCGCUGGACAUCACUUGGUUGAGCUUUCCCGAGGCGGCCACGAGAAUGACUUUCCUCGCUGCACUUACCGGCAGACGCUGACGGGAAAAUCAAUAGGAGCAGGAACCACAUGACCGGGGGUCGGUGUCCGAGCAAAGCCAAGAUAAACGGGAAGACGGUGAUCAUAACUGGGGCCAACACGGGCAUCGGCAAAGAGACGGCACGGGAACUGGCCCGGAGAGGGGGUCGGAUUAUUAUGGGAUGUCGAGACAUGGAGAAAUGCGAGGCAGCCGCGAAAGAAAUCCGGGGCGACACCCUGAAUCCUCAUGUUUACGCCUGCCGGCUCGACUUGGCCUCCGCGAAAUCCGUACGAGAGUUCGCCGAGAACAUCAAAAAGAAGGAGCAGCGUGUGGAUGUGUUAAUAAACAAUGCGGGGGUCAUGAGGUGUCCUGCUUGGAAAACAGAGGACGGUUUCGACAUGCAAUUUGGAGUUAAUCACUUAGGCCACUUCUUAUUGACCAAUCUCCUCCUGGACAGGUUAAAAGAAUCCGCCCCCAGCCGAGUGAUCAACUUGGCCUCGCUCGCCCACCUCGUGGGAAAGAUGGACUUUGAGGACCUGAACUGGGAGAGGAGAAAGUUUAAUACCAAGCAGGCGUACUGUCAGAGCAAGCUUGCCAAUGUUCUCUUCACCAGAGAGCUGGCCAAGCGCUUGCAAGGUACGGGCGUCACCGCGAAUGCCGUCCACCCCGGAGUCGUUUCCUCGGAGCUCGGCAGGCACACCGGCCUGCACCAGUCGCAGUUCUCCACCACGGUCCUCAGUCCCUUAUUCUCCCUGCUGGUGAAGAACCCAGAACUGGGGGCCCAGCCCAGCAUCUACCUGGCAGUAGCCGAGGAGCUGGACGGGGUGACGGGCCGCUACUACGACGUGUUGACAGAAAAGGAGCCAGCACCCCAGGCCAUGGAUGAGGAGGCAGCUCGCAGGCUAUGGGAGAUCAGCAGCAGGCUGGUGGGUCUGGAGGAGGACGAAGGACAUUCCGGCGAGUCCGGCCAGGACAAUCUGCCGGCGCAGAGUCGGCAGACGCACGGACGCAACCCGGGAGCAGUAGUUGGACCUGUGGGGUUGUAGUACGUCUACGCUUUGGGCCUUGGCUCGGCAGAGACAGCGGACUCUUGGGGUGCCUUGACCACGCUUGUACCUCAAAUCAUGUUUUACCCUUGGAAUGAAUACAAAUACCCAUAAGUUGUUCCAGCCAACCCAAAAUACACCAACGGCAAAUUUUGCUCAUGGGUUUUUAAAAAAGAAAAACAGCACUGCAGCAUUUUACUUUAAAAAUAACCCAUACAGUCAAAUGACUGAAUGAACGUAAAGAAUUGUGCAUCAUGAUUUCAUGCUUGAUUUCAUGGUAUUGUUGUUUCUGGUGUGCGUGCUUUGACCACCAGGGGGCAGUAUAGUACAAACACUGUGCAUUUCAUCACAAAAGAAGACCCCUGCAACUAAACUGCCAUAUGAGCCCACGUUUAAUUGCUCCUAAUGUACUUUUGUACUCUUUCUAUUAUGCACUGAGUUGCCACAAGAUGGCACCAAAACUUCAAAUAAUAGGGAAGUAGUAAUUGGCGCCACGAUGUUGAAGUGUGACAUCUUCACUAUUUUAAGAUCUUUGCUUAAAUCAAAACAUCUGUAAGCUAUUUACUUGUAAUUAAUAUAAGAUGUUUAAAUUAUAUCAAAGAGUUUUUGGGAUCAUAAUUUGUGGUAUAUUUAUGAUUUAAACGGGUUAUAAACAUUUAGGGGUGUGGUGUCAAUUUCUAAUUUUUUCCAGGCAGUUUGGUCAAUGCUCAUUAUUGUCGAUAUCUUUGUUUUCGCACGCCUUUAUGUUCUUAUACUUCCCUUAAGCAAAUUUUCUUUAAAAAAAUAAAAUCACAUCAGUACAUGUGCAUGAGCGGCCACACUGGUGGAAUUAAAUUAUCCACACUGGCGCUUGCAAAAUAUCUGCAGGGUAGACAGGGUCUUUGUAUCCAAAAUCUCCAGAAAUUUUUACGUUAUAAUUGCUCAUUUUCGAGGGAACAUUACUUUGAGCAAAAGUACACAAUAAUGUUGUUUGCCAUGGUUACUGAGGGGAGUGGUUCUCAAACUGCAAUCUCUGGGCCCCCUGGGGUUUGUGAGCUGUAUCUUGGGGAUCCAGAACAUAAUUUGCAAUAAAUUAUAAUGUUUUAAAAAGUCCACCUCCAGGUCCCGGCGUGCCGAUAAAACAAAUACUGCACAAGCAUGUAGAUAAGACAUGUUACAGGAUUAAGGAGUCAUUACUUUUUCAGAACAGUCCCACUUUUUGGAGAAUACUGAAACAUUUUUCCAACUAAAAUGUGUAAUAUUACGACAAUUGUAUAUAGCAAUUUUAUUAUGAAGUUUUUUUUCAAUUAACUCAGUUUAAUCACGUGAUUUUACAUUUUCAUCACAACAAAAUACACCUUUUUUUUUGAAUACAUGAGUUUGUUCUCAUAUGACAUUUUUUUUCUUUGAAAUGAAUUUGUUAUCAUAACCCUAUAUAUUUUGUUUCUAAACUAUGGAACUUUUUAAUUCCUGUAUGGUAUUCAGGGGUUCUUCUGGUAGUCAUGUUCACAUUAGGACGAUGAAACAAUUUCCCCCUCACAAGGGACCCGAGAACGCUUUUGCAAACAAGUCUUGUAUGGCGACAUGUUGAGCAAUCGCGUCACCUAGUGGCUAUUUGCAAAUUAACCAAUACUCGUUAUAUGGUGGUUCAUCAUUCUACAAUAUUAUUAAACAAUUU